AUGGGUGUUCCCUUCGAGACCCUGAUCCCUUACGGGAUUAUCAUCGGCAUGUUUACUGCCACGGGCGCUGGCCUCUAUACUGUCAAGCGCUGGGCCAACGAUGGCAAGAAGGCGCGCUGGAACCGGGAUCUGUGGGAUCGGCAAAUGAUGGAGCGAGACCUGCGAAUCACUGGUUCAUGGAGAGGACAGUCGAGCAAUCACCAAGCACCCAAGGGAUUCGAAGUCAGCAACCCGUGGAAGCUCGAGAAGCGGAUUUACUAG